UAGAAGAAGAAGAAGAGGCUGGAUUUACUUUGUAGCGAACAUGUUUCCCCGCAGCCUGCCGUGUCCUCCCAUCUCCACUUCCACAGCAUCGCACACGCAACAUACAAGCAAAACGUUUUUCUCUUCAUGUGAGUAAGCAGAGCCAAGGGUCGGCCCACGUCCCUGAUGUGACGUGUCAUCACUCACACGCAAAAAGAAAUAAUAUUUGGAUUAUCAGAUAUUUUUCUUCUCCCUCGUAUUUACGCUUCCGUAGUUAGGAAGAGGGGGCGUAGUGAAAGUUAAGUCUGCUCUACAUCUCCCACCUCUUCAUCACUCCUCUUCCUUCUCCUCACGUCUCUCGACUUGUUGUACUUUGUUGUUUCAUAAAAGUAACGGAAUUAAAUUAACGUUCUCGUUUCGACGAUGCCGUCGUCCAAAGCGCUCGAAUAUGGUCGGGACUUCUUCGACUUUUUGGGGGACAGAAGGUCCAUCACUCACGAGAAAGAGCUGAAGAGAAUCUACGACUUUGAAUUCAUGAGCAGAAGAGGAAAUGAAGGCCCCCAGUUCUCCACUGUUAUUUCUGCUCUUUUGAAGGCAAAGAAAGCCUAUAAAACCGAGGGGAGAAUCUACUUAAAUGACAUUAAGGUCCAAGUGAACUAUGACCAGUGGCGGAGGAGGCCCCGGGCCUCUCAGUCACACAGCUCCAGCACUCAGAGCACAGCCAUGAUGUCUGCAGCCUCCUCUAACUCCCCGACCCUUAUGGCCCCUGCGCUGACCUCCGAAAAGAAGCUGGCUGCAGAAGUCCUUCACAAGUUAAAAACUGAGAAGAAAACGCUGAAAGCUAACAAGGGGGGCAUCGAGAUCACCUCAGACCCUGAGGAGAAGUUUGGGAGGGUUCGGCUCACUGUUGAUGGUCUAGGAGAGCACGUCAUCAAGUUCCUCAUUGUGAACAAGGGCGCAGACUCCGUCCACUUCACCUUAUACGCUGUCCUGCAUCAGCUUCGCUGUUUUACUCUGAAGGGUAAGAGUGUGACCAGGGCCGCUCCACUGCUCCUCUGUUCAGGUGAGAGCUAUGAAGUUGGGGUUUGGUGCAAGCUUGAGGAUUAUGGAUAUUUCCCGACCACAAUUUACUUCGAGUUCUGCCCCAGUGUUGCACAGUCUGCGCACUUCUGCAUUGUGAGAGAGAUUGCAGUUGCUGCCAGGACCAGCCUGGCUAAGGAGCUGGGGUCUGUGGUUCCUUACAAACCACAUGAGGUGAUCAAACACAAGCCAGUCAAGAAGACCUUGAUAGAAGAGGGAGUACCUCCUGAAUAUUCUGGUGUGUACUGUUUAAUGGAAAUGAAAUUAGGAUCCUACAGGUGUCCGCAUUAUCUGAAAGAACUGGCUAAACAAAGGUUGGAGGACUCCAGUUAUCUCUCUCCAGCUGCAAAACGGAAUCUUCAAUCAGUGAGGAGCCUCCUCCAGUCUUCCCUUGAGAUGCAGAACUACAGUCAAAGGUUUCACCCGCUGCUUCACCUGGAAGAGUUACAGAUGGAGGUGGACAUUGGAAAAUAUGACCUCCACGAUCGAACCAUGAGUCUUGACCCAAGAAACAGAGACCUGGUUACACUCAAUGUUCCUGGCGUCGCAGAGAAGCGGCCAUCUGUAUUUCGAGGAAGCUGUGUGAGGGUGUCCAAAUCUGAGGACACGGAGCAGCCAGUCACUGCAUACACUGGAUAUAUUCACAAAGUAGAGCUUGACAGUUUGAAGCUGGGCUUCUCAAAAAGGUUUUUGCAGAUAUUCAGGGACGACAUCAAGUUUGACGUGGAGUUCGUUCUCCACCGUUUGACCUUGAAGCUGCAGCAUCGUGCGGUGGACUUGGCAGAAAAACAUGGGCUCGGAGAGGUGCUCUUCCCAACUGGUCCAGCAGUCACUAGUCUCGCCUUACCUCAACUCAGCUUGUUUAACCGUCAGCUCGAAAACAACCCAGAGCAAUGUGCUGCGAUCCAGCACAUUGUAGCCGGAUCAUCUAAGCCAGCUCCUCAUCUGGUGUUCGGGCCGCCUGGAACUGGAAAAACGAUGACUCUGGUUGAAGCCAUUCAUCAGGUCAGCAAGGCAGACUCAUCAGUCCACAUCCUCGCCUGCGCACCUCAAAACGCUGCAUGUGAUGUACUCUGGGAGAGACUGAUUCCGCCCAUGGGUCCUGGUAAUGUUUACCGUCUGUGCGCCUUAAACAGAGACCUGAGCAGUGUACGGAGGCAACUACUGACAUAUUGUAACUGGGAUCAGAGUACGGAAGGCUUUGUUUUUCCUAAAAAAGAAGUUCUGAUGAAAUACAAAGUCAUAGUCACCACUAUGCUCACAGCUGGCAGACUUGUGUCGGGAGGCAUCCCGGUCGGCCAUUUUACCCAUGUGUUUGUGGACGAAGGAGGCCAGGCAGUCGAGCCAGAGUGUGUCAUUGCAGUCGCAGGUCUGCUCGCUCCAGGGAAGGGUCAGUUGGUGCUGGCAGGAGAUCACAAGCAGCUGGGACCGAUCAUUCACUCUCCUCUUGCUUUGAAUAAUGGACUCGGGCUUUCUCUGCUCGAGAGGCUGAUGAAAACCAACGCGUUAUAUGAGAAGAAUCAAGACUCUGGACACUUUGACAGCCGCUUUGUCACCAAACUGUUACGAAACUACAGGUCUCAUGGUGCCUUUCUGAAAAUCCCCAAUGAGCUCUUUUAUGACAACGAGCUACAGGAGUUUGCUGAUAGGGAGGAAAGUCAGGCUUACUGCAAGUGGACACACCUUCCACAGGAGGGUUUCCCAUUGAUCUUCCACGGUGUGAUGGGGAAAGAGGAGAGGGAGCACAGAAGUCCAUCUUGGUUCAACGUGACAGAGAUCGACGUUGUGGUGGAUUACCUCAUUAAACUGAAGAAAACACAAGGAGAGAACGGUCUGCCCGAACUUCAUGCAGAAGACAUCGGCAUCGUCGCGCCUUUCAGAAAACAAAUUGAGAAAAUCAAAAAAGCCCUACAGUCUGCACCAGGACUGAGGAAAUGGACCGAAGUCAAAGAGAUCAAGGUGGGUUGUGUGGAGGAGUUUCAGGGACAAGAGAGGAAGAUCAUCAUCAUCUCCACGGUCCGCAGCAGCGACAACUACGUCAAGAUGGACAAAGAUUUCAACAUUGGAUUCUUGUCAAAUGAAAAGAGGUUCAAUGUAGCUGUGACGAGAGCCAGGUCUCUGCUGAUUGUUGUGGGAAACCCUGUGAUCCUCAGCAAGAACCCUACCUGGAAGACGUUCAUCAGCUACUGUGUGAGGCAAAAUGGUUACAGGGGAAUUGAGUUCCAAGACAAGGGUGAAGAGGAUGUUUUGUGUCUCCUGAUGCUUCUGAAAAUCCAUGUGGACAACAAUCCUGGAGCUGAUGAGAACUCUGUGCAGCAACUCUGUGAGCCUUAAAAUCUCCUCCAGGAAACCAACACAUAACUAUCUGCAGUGAAAUCAAGUUGUUAUUCGAUCAGAUUGGCGUGGACACAACACUGGUAUCUACUUUUUAUGGAUAUAUAAUUAAAUAUAUAUAUAUAUACAUAUAUAAAUAUAUAUGUAUAUAUAUAUAUAUACAUACAUAAAUAUAUAUGUAUAUAUAUAUAUAUAUAUAAAUAUACAUAUGUAUAUAUAUAUAUAUAUCCAUCGGACUCAUCAGCAAGGCCUGAGGGUUAUGGAACAAAAAAGUGGUAGACUGUGAUGUUGUUGGACUUUUUUUCACUUGGCCCGGCCCCUCCUGACCAGACUAGAAGUUCACUGGUCCCCAGGUCAUUUUGAGUUUGAGGCCCCUAUCCUAGAUGCAUUCUUUAUUCAAACCUUUCUAAGAUGAGUUUGCCUAUGUUGAUGAAGUAAUCACUGUGCUGUUUUAACCAAAGUAUUCCAAAGUGUUCCUUGAUUUUGUCUCCUGAGCGUUUCUUUUUUAAAUUCAUGUAUAGCUUAAAAGCAAAUUCACUUACCGUGACAGACAGAAAGCCUUAGUUUUUCUUCACAGUUGUCUGUAGUAAUAACAUCUCUCAGGAUUUCUGGGAUUUUGCUUUCUCUUUUUUUUUUUUUUACCUGUCUCAGUGAAGAGCACCUGUCAGAGCAGCUGGAGCCAUGAAGUGCUUCCCUCCUCUCUUGUAAACUUCACAAUUUUUAAUCACCUUGAAGUCCUUGGGAAAAUAAAACUGACUGUCAAAUCUCUCAGUUGUUCACUGUUACACUGAAGUGAGUCUCUGUGUUUCCUUUUUAGCAGUUGUUGAGUUCGUUAACACUUUAUAAAUGACACUGUUUUGACACAGUGAAACUAUCUCACUAUUUGGCAAGAUCCUUUGUGUGUGAACUUAUUAAUAUUAAUCUUAUGUUAAAGGUAAAACAUCAUGACUAACCCAUUAGAUAUUAGGCUUUCCAGUGACGGUCACUGAGAAUUACAGUAUAUGUCCUGUGAAGCAAUGUUGUCAAGUUUUGUUUUGUUUUUUAAUCUCUGAGUGUGUUUUUUUUUAUAUUUAAUGGUUUUUUGUUGUUGUUGUUUUCUGUUAUAUUUAAUGUUUGGAAUUUUUGGACUGCUCUAUCUCCUGUCUGCACAAUAAUGUAACCCUUGGGUACUAAUAAAGAAACCUUGAACAGUGUUCACCUUA